CAGGUGUGUUUAAUUAAGGAUGAAGCUUAAGUCUGCAGGGCUGUGGCGCUCCAAACUGAGUUUGACAUCUCUGAUCUAGGAGUUAUUUUCUCAGAUAAGACCUACUAAACAUUAUCUGCAGCAUGAUGUUGGUGCCAGUGGUUUUAUUUUUCUGUUUCCUGCUCUCUCUGACAGCAGCGGCUACUGAAGUGGGUCUUGGUGGUAAAGUGCUUUUUUUUUCCACCAAGACUAACACCAGUUUUGUUGCACUCACUCCUGAAAAGCCACUGAGUCUUUCAGCUUUUACUCUCUGCAUGCGUGUCGCAAUGGAGCUCCAGGGCGAGAGGGAGACCAUUCUGUUCGCCUACCGCACAGGGGGUUAUGAUGAGCUCAAUGUGUGGAGAGAGAAAGACGGCCGUUUGUCCUUCUACCUCAGCGGCAGUGGAGCGUUUUUCAACCUGCCUGCUCUCUCCACCUUCCGGACCCAUCUGUGCCUCACCUGGGACUCUGAGACUGGUCUUUCUGCCUUCUGGAUGAAUGGACAUCGCAGUACAUUCCAGUUGUAUAGAAAAGGUCACUCAAUUAGUCCUGGUGGCACCGUCCUGCUCGGUCAAGACCCUGAUAACUACCUGGGUGCCUUUGAAGUAGAGCAGAGCUUUGUAGGAGAAAUUACAGAUGUGCACAUGUGGGAUCAUGUUCUCUCCGGCAGUCAGAUUAAGGCGGUUUAUUCAAACCAGGAACCGUAUGUGCCGAAGGGAAACGUGUUCGAUUGGAACACCAUCAAAUAUGAGAUUAAUGGAAGUGUGCUAGUGGUGCAAGAGAGCUGAUUCUGAUCAUGCACACAGUUGUCAAGCUCUGUAAUCUAUUCAUGUUUUAAUGAUUUACAAAGCUGUAAAGGCUAACAAGUAAAAUUUCUCCACAUUACAA